AUGCUCAAGGGAAUAAAAGCUCUAGCUGAGCUUUGUUCCGAGGAUGGUGCAUGCCAAAAGAGAAUAGCUGAUCUAGGAGCUCUUCCCUUGUUGAGGCACAUCCUCCUGAGUGAUGAUUAUGAGAAACUUGCUGCAAUUGAAGCAUACGAUGCUUCUCGUAUUCGAGAAGUGCAAGACAAGAAUGUGGCUUCUAAUGUUUCAUCAACUGAUGCUACCACUGAUCCCUCAAGUGUACGGGUUCCUCCUGCAGCACAUAUCCGAAGGCAUGCUGGACGGCUGCUUACCAUUCUCUCUCUUCUACCCAAUUCAAAGAAGGAAAUUAUUUCUGAUGAUGUAUGGUGCAAAUGGCUCGAGGAUUGUGCUAGUGGGCGAAUUUCUUGCAAUGAUUUAAAACUAAAAAGCUACUGCAGGUUAACACUAUUGAACAUAUUCUGUUCCGAAAGUCCAAAUGCAAGAAAACCCUCUGAUGAAUAUCCUGAUUCAGAAAGUGAGGAUAAAAGAAACUGUCCUCAGUUUGGAGAUGCACUAUUCUUGCUAAAUCCAGAGUUACCUCUUGAAGUUCAUGUGGACAACAGUGGUUUUGGGAUUUUAAGAGUUUCAAGAGAUAAUUGUAAGGAAGAUGGAAGUAUUGAAGAUCCUGGCUCUGAAACUGCGAACUCUGUAGAUGAUGCCGAAGCUGCAUCCAAAAAUGUCCCUUUGAUGGAUGUUGUGUUUGUCCAUGGCCUUCGUGGUGGCCCAUUGAACUCAUGGCGAAUUGCUGAUGACAAAUCAUCAACUACCAAAGCUGGUUUGGUGGAAAGCAUUGACGAGGAGGAUGCUGGGAAAGACGGCACAUGCUGGCCAAGAGAAUGGCUUGCGGCAGAUUUUCCUCAAGCACGUUUUUUUAGAGUCAAAUACAAGGAGGUGAGCUCUAUGCUGCUGAGGAAGUUGGUGGCUGCUGGGAUUGGUAGUCGGCCUGUUAUUUUUGUGACACACAGCAUGGGAGGACUGGUGAUUGGGGAGUUAAGAAGUGGAUCUCCAAGUGGAUCUCCAAGACUAGUUGAACUGAACGAUUUUGUGCGUCAACGCCACAACAAAGGAUUUCUUGAUGUUCUUAGUUUUAGUGAGACCCAGGUCACACCGAUUGUUGAAGGAUAUGGUGGUUGGGCACUUCGUAUGGAGAUAGUGCCAAUUGAAUCUGCAUACCCAGGCUUUUGGGGAGCUUGUCGUUCUACCGUCCACUGA